AUGUUGAGGGGUGUGCUUAACCGUGAUGAGUUCGCCAAUAUUUUGACGCUGGAUGAUGACAGUAGCUUCAUGGCUGAGCUGGUGCCAAUCUUCACCACAGACAUGGAGGCAUUUUUCACAAGAGCUGCAGCUUGGGUAGAACAGCUGCCAGAGAUACCGGAGCACGAACGCAACAGCGGGCUUCCAAGCGAAAUUAGGAGGGUUUACGACAACUUCAACGUGAGACUAGCGGCCUGUACAUCAGCGUACACUAUGGGCGCCUUGCGGCUGAAGGAUGCUCUGUGGGAGCUUCGAAACCGGAAGCAUGCUUAUGAUGCGCAAGGAUGCAAGGAAGCACUUCGUGUUGCCGAGUUGGCCUAUCCAGAAUUUAAAGGAGUUUUGGAAGACUUUCUCGAGGUGCUUACAUUGCCUACCGCAUGGCAGACGGACGAUCUUUGUCCAGCUAAUGACUCUAUUUGUGCGAGGUCGCCUGUAUGCAAGCUCCGCCGGCCAAUCAGCCUUCCACGGGUCCUGAACCUCAGAGAGACUCACGCAAUAAGGGUAGAACCAAUAUCGUAAAAUGGCCGCAUAAAAUGUCAACCGCCAACAAUGAAACCUGAGCAAAAACUGUUGACUUUACAUCACUCUCCGCUUCUGAGUACGAGAGCGUUGUGGCAACAUGCUGUAGAGAUCGACGUUUGGAGAGCUUGACGCUCCAGUAAACUGUGUAGAAAGUGCGGUUUGUGUCGUCGAGGUCCGGUAUUGGCAGGCGGGGCUGCUUAGGAAGCGCCAGGCAAUCUAAGCCAUGCAGGUUGCAAGAAGAUUAGGGGGCGGUCAUUAAAUAGAUUAAUAUGAUAUUAAGAAGUAGUUGUGAGGAUGUACCUUAUGAACAACCGAAUCGCUCGCGGGCAGCGGCACGUCAUGACGCGAUCAAUGCUGAUUGUCCAGAUUGUAAAGACCACAUUGAUAACUCUGUCGAUAAGGUACCUUAUUU